AUGGCCUCAGAUAUGGAAUUCAUCGAGGCUCCGCCUCAGCGGGGAAAGCUACGUAUCACUGCGAUCAUGGUAGCUUUGUCUUUAUCCAUGUUUGUCGCUGCACUCGAUCAAACAAUCAUUGCGACUGCCAUUCCCACUAUUGCAGCCAAAUUCGAUUCUGCUGCGGGAUACACUUGGAUUGGCGGUGCCUAUCUGCUGGCCAAUGCGGCCGGAUCCUGUAUUUGGGCUAAGCUGUCGGACAUUUGGGGCCGGAAGCUGAUUCUGCUCAUCGCCGUUGCCUGGUUUCUUAUCAGUUCUAUUAUCUGUGCUGCUGCGGUGAACAUGCAGAUGUUGAUUGCUGGUCGUGCGCUGCAGGGUAUUGCGGGUGGAGGACUCCUCCAGCUGAACACGAUUAUCAUUUCCGAUCUUUUUAGUGUUCGCCACCGAAGUCUUUAUCUUGGUUUGAUGGAGGUUAUGUGGGCCUUGGCUGGUGGAAUUGGUCCAUUGCUUGGUGGUGCAUUCUCGGAGUAUGUCUCGUGGAGAUGGAGUUUCUGGAUCAAUCCUCCCAUUUCGGGCGUUGCUUUCAUCCUUCUGUUCUUCUAUCUGGAUGUGCACAACCCCAAGACCGGAAUGGCGGAUGGGAUCAAAGCGAUCGACUGGUUCGGAAGUCUGUCGGUCCUGGGUCUCACACUGAUGCUUCUUCUGGGCCUGGACUUCGGAGGCGAAACCUUCGCUUGGAGCUCGCCACAGGUUAUCUGCUUGAUUGUCUUUGGAACUCUGUGCUCCCUGCUUUUCGUCUACAGCGAAAAGCGGCUGGCGAAGUAUCCCCUCAUGCCGAUGGACAUCUUCUCCCAGAUCUCGAACAUCGCUACCUUGGCAGUCGGAUUUGCGCAUGGAUUUGUCUUCGUCGCGGGAGAAUACUACAUUCCCCUUUACCUGCAAUCAGCAAAGGGGGCCUCCCCAAUGCGAUCCGGUGUCUUGAUUCUUCCCCUUGUUCUUGCUGAGGCAUUUACAGGCAUGAUCACUGGAGUGAUCAUUCACCGAACAGGAAGAUACCGAGAACUUAUCUGGGUGGGCUUUGUACUGAUGACUAUCGGAUAUGGACUUUUGAUUCGCCUAGAUCAAUUCUCAUCUCUAGGAGAGAUAAUCGGAUACCAGCUGAUCAGUGGAUGCGGCGCUGGACUUCUGUUCCAAACACCGAUCAUUGCCAUCCAGGCUACGGUGUCCCAGGAUGACACGGCGACGGCGACGGCUACCCUCGGAUUUAUCCGUAACAUGGCGACGGCUUGCUCAAUUGUCAUCGGCGGUGUCGUGUUCCAGAACAGUAUGGGAGAGAGAAAGGCCAGCCUACUGGCUACUGGCAUGUCGGAAACCUUGGCAAACCAGAUGACGGGUGACUCUGCCGAGGCGAAUAUCGAGUACAUCAAGGACAUCCAGGAUCCUGUGCAGCUGCUGGCUGUUCGGGGGGCCUUUGCGUGGAGUAUGCGGAACAUGUGGAUCUUGUAUACUUGCAUGUCGGGCUUGGGUCUCGUCUGUUCUUUCUUCAUUUUGAAGACUCGGUUGAGGGAAGACCAUGUUGAGACUGUUACUGGAUUGAACCGUGAGAAGCAGCCCAUUAUUGAAAGCCUCCAGACCCAGGAGGAACAGCGAGUUUGA